AUGUCACACACGGGACCACCUCCCCGUUGGCGGAAUUGCCCCAGAAGAGGACAACCAGUGGCUGGGAAAUUCCUGCCUAUGAAAACCAUGCUGGGUCCCAGAUAUGAUGACCAAGUUGCAGAGGAGAACCGGUUUUAUCCAAACAUGCUAUCCAACUACUUGAAGAGUUUAAAUGUAAAAAUGGGUUUGCUCGUGGAUUUGACGAACACGACUCGCUUCUACGACCGCAACGACAUUGAAAAGGAAGGAAUCAAAUAUGUUAAGCUACAGUGUAAAGGCCAUGGAGAAUGUCCUUCCAAAGAGACAACUGCUAUGUUCAUCCGACUUUGUGAACACUUCAUGGAGAAGAAUUCUUCAGAGCUAAUAGGGAUCCACUGUACGCAUGGGUUCAAUCGAACGGGCUUUUUGAUAUGUGCUUACCUGGUGGAGAAGAUGGACUGGAGCAUUGAAGCAGCAGUUGCAGCUUUUGCCCAAGCCCGGGCCCCUGGGAUCUACAAGGGUGACUACCUCAAAGAGCUUUUCCGUCGCUAUGGGGACGAGGAGGACGCCCCCGCGCCCCCCACGCUGCCAGAGUGGUGCUUUGAUGACGAUGAUGGGGAAGUGGAUGACGACGGAAAUGCAGUUGGUCAGGAAUCCGGGCCCAGCUCAUCCGGGUCAGCGCCUGGCAAACGAAAGAAGGAGAAGUUCAAACUGGGGGCUGUAUUCCUCGAAGGUGUCACGGUUAAAGGCGUCACACAGGUCACCACACAGCCAAAACUAGGGGAGAUUCAAAGAAUGUGUCAAGAGAUGGCCGAGUGGAACAAAUCUGGUUUUCCUGGUGCUCAGCCUGUAUCAAUGGAUCGACAAAACCUUCGUUUCCUGGAGGACCAUAGCUACAAAGUCAGUUGGAAAGCUGAUGGAACACGGUACAUGAUGGUGAUCAAUGGAAAAAAUGAAGUAUUUAUGAUUGACAGAGACAAUACAAUCUUCCAUGUAGCCAAUUUAGAGUUUCCUUUCCGGAAGGAUCCACGCAUCCAUCUAUCAAAUACUCUUUUGGAUGGGGAGAUGAUCAUUGACAAGGUUAAUGGUCAGCCUGUCCCCCGCUACCUGAUAUACGACAUCAUCAAAUUCAAUGGACAAGCUGUGGGACAAUGUGAUUUCAAUAUCCGGUUGCUAUGCAUAGAAAAAGAGAUCAUUUCUCCACGAAUUGAAAAGAUGAAGACUGGACAAAUCGACAAAACGAAGGAGCCCUUCAGUGUCCGAAAUAAGCCAUUCUUCGACAUUACGGCAUCACGCAAGCUACUGGAAGGCAGUUUUACAUCCCAAGUCAGCCAUGAAGUUGAUGGCCUCAUCUUCCAGCCAUGUGAGAGAUACAAACCCGGGAGGUGUGAUGACAUCCUGAAAUGGAAGCCCCCCAAUCUCAAUUCAGUGGACUUUCGCCUCAAGAUCACAAAAGUUGGAGGAGAAGGGCUGCUUCCGCAGACUGUUGGCUUUCUAUAUGUUGGUAACUGUGACAGGCCCUUUGCACAGAUGAAGGCCACAAAAGAGCUCAAAUUGUACGACAACAAGAUCAUCGAGUGCACCUUCGCCAACAACACCUGGGUGUUCAUGAGGCAGAGGAUAGACAAGAGCUUCCCAAACUCCUACGACACUGCUAUGGCGGUGUGUAAAAGCAUCCAGGAACCAGUCACCAAGGAAAUCCUGUUGCAGUACGUGGACCGGUGCCCACAAGCAGUUCAAGCCCGCAAACAUCAGACAGACCCGGACUCUGAGCUAAUGCCCCCUCCCCCUCCAAAGAGACCUAACCGGUCGAUCCAAUAA